AUGGGUGCAACAUAUCUUUCUGCCAAUCCAAUAUUUCAUGCUAGAACUAAACAUAUUGAAAUUGAUUUUCAUUUUGUAAGAGAAAGAGUGGCAAAUAGACAGCUGGAAAUCAGAUUCAUUCCAUCAGCAGAUCAGGUGGCAGAUGGCUUCACAAAAGCUUUACCAGCUCGGCAGUUUGAGGAAUUCAAGUACAAUCUCAACCUAAAGAAGGCGGAUUGCUCCCCUAAUCCCUCGCCGCCGGCGCUGCCGGCGCCGCCGCCUGCCACGCCAUGUUCCGCCUCCAGCGCUGCAUCCCCCAGCUCCGGCUUCGCGGUGGAGGAGUACCUCGUCGCCACCUGCCGCCUCACCCGAGCGCAAGCGCUCAAGGCCUCCGCGAAGCUCUCCCACCUCAAGUCCCCCGCCAAUCCCGACGCCGUCCUCGCCUUCUUCGACGGCCUCGGCCUCUCCAGCGCCGACGUCGCGGCCCUCGUCGCCAAAGACCCGGAGUUCCUCUGCGCCAGCGUAGAGAGAACCCUAGCCCCCAUCGCCGUCGAGCUCAGCGGCCACGGCCUCUCACAUGCUGAGAUCGCGCGCCUCUUCUCUCUCGCCCGCAAAGAAUUCCGCCGGAGAUCCAUGCUCUCAAGUCUGCCGUACUACCUGUCGCUCUUGGGCUCCACCGAGAACCUCUUCCAGUUUCUCAAGCGAAGCUCCAGUCUAAUCACGCGCAGCAUCGAGAACGUGGUCAAGCCCAAUGUCGCGUUACUGCGCAAGUGCGGGCUACGUGAUUGCGAUAUUUCCAAGCUGUGCCUCUCUUCGCCACGGUUGCUCAAAACCAACACGGAGCGUGUCCAGGCGAUGGUGGCGUGCGCCGAAGUUCUUGGUGUACCCCGUGGGUCUAGGAUGUUCAGGUACGCGCUGGUAGCUGUUGCAUUCGUCGGUGAGGAGAAGAAGAUCGCCGCGAAAGUGGAUUACUUGAAGAACACCUUCAGGUGGUCGGAUGCCCAGGUGGCCGUUGCUGUUUCGAAGCUUCCAGGAAUGUUAACGAGAUCUAAGGAUAUGCUGCAGAGUAGGUCAGAAUUUCUUAUCUUUGAGGCGGGGUUGGAACCGGCCUACAUUGCUCAUCGGCCGGCAUUGCUCACUUAUAGCUUGGAGGGCCGGCUAAGACCCCGCUUUUAUGCUUUAAAGUUUCUCAAGGAAAAUGGAUUGCUCAAGGAUGUCCCGGACUACUAUUCAGUAGUCAUGGUCACCGAGAAGGUAUACAUGGAGAAGUACAUAUCCCCUCACAAGGAAGCUGCACCACAUCUCGCUCAAGACUAUGCAAACGCUUGCAGAGGGGAAGUGCCUGCUAGAUUCAUGUUUGCAUGACCAAGAACUGGUAUGGAAACUGGUAGCACAACAAAUUUCACUCUGCAUGUUAGGCUGACAAUUCCUGAUUCAGUGUUCUUGGCCUAAUAAAGUGGUGGAUGUCUGCUACAGUAUGUAUCUUAGUUACAUGUUCAUUUGGUGUUGGUAAUCCAGGAUGAAACUGAUUUGUGGUUCCUGGUAUAUAUGUUCAUGGCAACUCCAGUGGAGAAGCAAGCAUCAC